CCGCCCGCCCGCCCGCCGCGGGGGAAGAGCGGCGGCCGCCGCCAUCGGGCCGGGCGCUGGGCCCGGCGGCAGCCAUGGGCGUCGGGAUGGAGAGCGGCGGCGGCAGCAGGCGGGGCCGAGUGGAUGAAUACCCAGCUGUGGUCAUUCCCAGAUGUGGUCCAGCAAGUCCAUUUAAAGGACAGUUAAGUACUAAGAGUAAUGCUUUCUGUAUUGAUUCCACACGAAGUCUUACUAACCAGUACCUGAUCAGAGAUCACAUGAUGUUUCAUUAUAACAGAAUCCUUUCAGCCAAAGCAGCUGUAGACUGUUCAGCACCCAGAAGUAGGCUGACCAGCAUCAAACUUGCUGACCAGCAGAGAAGAGAGAGACUGAAAAAGAAGAUAGCCAGGUGUGAAAAAGAAAUGAGUGUGGGCAAAAAUGCCUCACGAUCCAGCUCAAGAGAGAGUGGAAGGCUGCUGUCAACCUCUUUUGGACAGAGUCCCUUGGAAGCAGAAGACAAAGACAGUCUGUUCCCCUCUGUUCAGCAUGCACGGUACCUGUCAAGAGCACUGUCACCUUACGGCGAGCAUGGCUUGGUUCACUCCAGUCCAGUAAAACAUACCAGAAAACAUUCUCGGAAUACAUCUAACACAUCUAACUCAAACUCAAGUGUCAGUACAUCGAGUACACCAAGAAAACACUCCGGAGUUUCAAGCAGUUGCUCUUCUAAUAGUUUUGUGAGCAUUGGUCGUUCCCAGAGGCAUCAGGAUAGGAACUCCAAAGUAUACAGUGGGGAUCUUCUAGACAGGCACUCUGAAUUAUUUACUGGAAGCCGAAAACCUUUUACUCCACGCACCUUAAUAUCAGAUGCUAAAUCCGUCCUGUCAGAGUACAGGUAUUACACUCCUGCUCAAAGGAAAAGGAAAAACCGCUGCAAGCGGCAUGUGGAAGCUGAAACACAGACUGAUGUGAUCAGCUUUCCAACUGCAGACAAAGCAUCUGGGAGAAAAGUUCUGACUGAACAGCAGAGGAUGACAGUGAAGGCUGGAGAUAACAGAUACGAUGUGGAUGAGCCUGAGAGAGGAAUAGCUGCUUUUCCAUACUCCUUCCUAAGAGAGACAUUGCUGUAUUCUGAGCAGCCAUCUGCAAGGACGAAUAUCGAGGCCGAAGAAGAUGACCUUUUAUAUUUAACUUUCAUUGAAGAUGUAACAAAUGAAAUUCUUAACCUUGGGCUGUUUUCUAACAGAGUUCUGGAACAAUUGUUUGAGUGUCAUAUAGAAGAAAACAAGAACCGUUUGGAUGAGAGCAAGAUGCGGCACCUGUUGGAUGUGCUUAAAGCAGACCUCAGCUGCAGCACUGAGGAAGUCCAGACGGACUGGGAAGCCGUGGACUCGCUGGACCUGGAAGAGUUUAAUGUGAUGGAAGAGCCUGAGUUGACUAGUAAAAGUCAGAGGCAAAGGAAAGCUACAGAAAGUGAAGAAUUCCGUACAACCAUGGAUUUAUUACUAAAGGAACCAAGCACAUGCGAAUUGCCAGUAUGCAGUGAAAAUUCAAAGGAGACACGGAGUAAGGAUGACUUUUUGGAAGAUGUUGCUGAAACGAAGAACGCUGAGGCAGAGUCUCACUCUUACGUGAAAUCUGAAGACCCAGACACUUCACCCUCAUGUGAGGCAACUUUAAACUUGAUUACUUGUGACAGUGAUUUGGAAGCCAAUAAGGAACUUGAUGAUCUUGAGGAAAACUUUGCAGAGGUCCUUCAGAUCUCACAUGACUACUCCUAACAGUAGCCAAAAUUUAGCUGUUAAAUGGGGAUAAAGCUAGUUUUGUAGAGAACUGCCAUUUGUUAAAUAAAGAGUAAAUUGUUUAUCCUCGGUAUUUCCGUUAAAACACAGAUAAAGUCUCUCUAGCAGAGUAUCAGUUACUAAUUAAUGGGCGUUAGUCUCUGUACUAAUAUAGACUGUAAAGGGUAAAGUGUCAGCUACAAAAAUUCUUUGUAUAUUUUGCCUAUAAUUUUACAAGCCAGAACUAAUUUAUGAGAAUAUUAAGAUAAGAUGUAUAUUUUUAGAAAGUUGCAAGAGUAAAUUAUGAACUAUUUAUUGUUUUUAUUUAUAAAAAAUAAAUUAACUGAUGACA